AUGGCUUCAUCAAACUUCUCACCAACUGCACCUCCAGUUUUCAAUGGAGAAGGAUAUCACAUUUGGGUAGUCAAGAUGAGAACCUACCUCCAGGCAUUUGAUCUAUGGGAGGUGGUUAACUCAGAUGUUGAACCAGAACCAUUGAGAGCAAAUUCAACAGUGGCUCAAAUGAAGCAAAUCAUGGCUUGUGAAACACCAAAACAAGCCUGGGAUAAACUCAAGGAGGAGUUCCAAGGUACAGAGAGGACAAGGCAGCAGCAGCUCUUGAACCUAAGAAGGGAUUUCAAAAAUUUGAAGAUGAAGGAAGAAGAAACUGUCAAGAAGUAUUCUGACAGAAUCAUGGCUAUAGUUAACAGCAUAAGGCUCCUUGGUAAGCAAUUUGAUGAGGCAAGGAUUGUGGAGAAAGUGCUCUCUACCUUACCGGAGAGGUAUGAAGCAAAAAUAUCCUCCUUAGAGGAUUCAAGGGACCUGACCAGUAUCUCUUUAACAGAGCUGAUCAAUGCUCUAUAUGCACAAGAGCAAAGGAGGGCUAGCAGAUCAGAGGAGCACCAGGAGGGUACUUUCCAAGCUAAGGCUAAAGCAGCCUCGAGCACUUCAGCCUAUAAAGGCAAGAAGAACUGGAGAAACAGGCCUAAGACCGAUGCUGCAAGAGGAGGAGAUCGACUCUACAGAUUUUGCAAAAGACCUGGUCAUUCAGAGGCCAGAUGCUGGUUCAAGCCAGAUGCUGCAUGUCAACACUGCAAGAAGAAGGGCCAUGUUGAAAGGGUCUGCAAAGAAAAAAGUAGACCUGGCCAAAACCAACCACAACACAAGAAUGAAGAAGCUCGAGUGGCUGAAGACAGUAGUGACUAUGAAGAGCAGGUCUUUCCUGUUUCAUGCUCAACUAGCUAG